UCCACAUACACUUAUGCCAGCAAGCAACUAAAGCCGAAACGCACAGCUCUGUCUUCUAACAAUCCCACCUAACCUACAUCACCAACGAACUCAUCAAUAUGUAUGGUUUACUAUUGGAAAAUCUUUCCGAAUACAUAAAAUCAGUUUAUGGUGAGGAGAAAUGGGAGGAUAUACGACGACAAGCUGGCAUCGACUCACCAUCAUUCAGUGUACAUCAAGUGUAUCCGGAGAAUUUGCUUAACAAAUUGGCAAAAAAGGCGCAACAGGUACUUGGCGUUUCGGAACGGGAUUUUAUGGAUCAAAUGGGUGUUUAUUUUGUUGGAUUUGUUGGCCAAUAUGGAUAUGAUCGUGUAUUAUCUGUUCUUGGAAGACAUAUGCGCGAUUUUCUUAAUGGCCUUGACAAUUUACAUGAAUAUUUAAAAUUUUCCUAUCCACGUAUGCGUGCACCAUCCUUCAUAUGCGAGAAUGAAACGCGCCAAGGUCUCACGUUGCACUAUCGCUCCAAACGACGUGGAUUCGUUUAUUACACCAUGGGACAAAUACGUGAAGUGGCAAGAUAUUUCUAUCAUAAAGAAAUGCACAUUGAAUUGGUGCGCGAAGAAAUACUCUUCGAUACUGUGCACGUUACAUUUCAGUUGUCAUUUGAUAACCGUGCAUUCACAUUGGCCUCCCUAGCUAUGACACGAGAAGAGAAGCAUUUGCCCAUAAGCGCACACGUACUCUUUGAAAUAUUUCCAUUUUGUAUAGUUUUUGGUGCUGAUAUGGUAGUACGUAGUAUAGGCAAUUCAUUAAUGGUCAUAUUACCCGAACUCUUGGGAAAGAAAAUCACAGCCUGGUUCGAUCUAGUGCGACCGCUAAUUGCUUUCAAGUUUCAGACGAUAUUAAAUCGUACCAACAACAUAUUUGAACUAGUUACUGUGGAGCCUGUGGUGGAACGUUUGGAUGUGCCGGAUGAUAAUGAGCAUCUUGGGCAUGAGGAUGGCAGCGAACCAGAAAAAUCGCUUAGAUUAAAAGGUCAAAUGGUUUAUAUGGAAAACUGGCGAAUGAUAAUGUUUUUAGGUACGCCAGUAAUGCCUGAUUUAAACUCAUUGAUUACAACUGGUUUAUAUAUCAAUGAUUUGUCUAUGCAUGAUUUUAGCAGAGAUCUUAUGUUAGCCGGUACACAACAAUCAGUGGAACUAAAGCUUGCCUUGGAUCAAGAACAACAAAAAUCUAAAAAGUUAGAAGAAUCUAUGCGGAAAUUAGAUGAAGAAAUGCGACGAACUGAUGAAUUGCUGUAUCAGAUGAUACCGAAGCAAGUAGCAGAUCGCUUACGUAGGGGAGAAAAUCCAAUAGAUACUUGUGAGAUGUUUGAUAGCGUUUCAAUACUUUUCUCUGAUGUGGUCACUUUUACUGAAAUUUGUAGUAGAAUUACGCCUAUGGAAGUUGUAUCCAUGUUGAAUGCAAUGUAUUCCAUAUUUGAUAAAUUAACAGAACGUAAUACAGUCUACAAAGUGGAGACAAUUGGUGACGCAUAUAUGGUUGUAGCGGGUGCACCAGAGAAAGACGCAAAUCAUGCUGAAAGAGUCUGUGAUAUGGCACUUGAUAUGGUAGAAGCAAUAACAGAUUUAAAAGAUCCAUCAACUGGACAACAUUUACGCAUACGUGUGGGGGUACAUUCUGGUGCUGUGGUUGCUGGUAUUGUUGGUUUAAAAAUGCCACGCUAUUGCCUUUUUGGUGAUACUGUCAAUACUGCAUCACGCAUGGAAUCCACCAGUGCCGCUAUGAAAGUACAUGUGUCAGAAUCAACCAAAGAUUUUUUAGGUCCUAGUUAUAAACUUUCUGAACGUGGUGAAAUAGAAGUGAAAGGCAAAGGUGCUAUGAAAACGUAUUGGUUGGAAGAACAUACAAACCGUAGAAAGCUACAAUUACCUUCGGCUAUACAAAAUACGAUGGGUUCAUUCACACCAGCAAGUUCCACUAGUGGUACUACUGUAUCCACACCAACAACAGUUGAGCGACGUAUCAGUGUAAUACAACCCCCGAAAGCAAUAAUGCCACCACCAUGUCCAAUGGCAACACCAACUCAAUCUAAAAUUGAAAGCAAUAAUAUAGAAAACAGCAGUGCCACGAGCACUACAAGUACAAUUACCGCAGACGCUGCAGCCGUUGCUGCUGGCACUGCAACAACUAGCAACACAGAAGAUCGAAGUCGUAUAUACUCGCCAGUAACUUUUAAGGAUGUUGCUAGACGUAGUGCAGCUAAUUCCCCAGUACGAAACUUGCAAAGCAGUAGCAGUAGCUUUGAGAGAAGACGAGAAGAACGUUCAAAUUCAACAGGGCACGUGUUUAUGCGUUCACCCAGCGAUAUUUUUGGUUCUCUUAUUUUAGAUACUGAAGAAUUCUUAGAAGAUUUGCAAAUUUCACGUGGUUCUCUUGGCAGUAGUACAAAAAAUUGUCCUUUUAGUCCUAUACCACCGUUUCGUAUUGGUAGUGCGCCCCCAAAGCCAAGACCAAAUAACCCAGAUCAGUUCACACCAGAAGAAUUAGCAGCAAUGGAUCAAAUAACUCCCCCUUCGACUGCACCUGCUAGAGAAACGGCGACUUGUAAGAGCAUGAUGACAUCAGCUCCCACAUCAGCGCCUUUAGAAAAAUCAAAAACAAGAAAAAUCACAUUUUCAUCUAGUACGUCCAAGCAAACAGAUUUGAAAUCUAAACAGUCCGGAAAUGCCUCGUUUAGCAGUAGCCGUACAGUCUCGAAAGAAUCUCUGUCCAUGCACUCACCGCCACCUGUGCGUUCACUAUCAGCACCAUUACCGAUGACAAAGGCAGCAAGAAAAGCCUUUCUUGCCGCUAAGCAGACUAAAGCAAUGGAAAAAUUAGACAAAAUGAUCGAAGAAGUCAACGAAGUUGAUAAUCACAUGAAGAAAGCAGAAGCUAUGCGUUUAACGAAUUUUGAAUUAAGCAGCGGCGGUAGAAUGCGAUCUAUAGACGAUGAUAGCGGCGGAGGUGGUUGCCCCUUGUUUUUACCACCACCACCUCCAUCAGUAAUGCCAAACUCUAUAUCUGAUUCAAGUAUUUGUAACCAUGGGCACAGUCAUGUAUCACAUAUAAACUAUCAUCAUGUCCAUGAACCAAAACUGACUAACAGUCAAAGUUUUACACAUGCACGCGUCACUGAUGCAGCACACCAAUGUUGUAGUGGUUUUAGUCACUCCAACGGACGUCAUGCACAUCGCAUGCACUCGAGCGCUUGUCAGUUACUUUAAAUGAAGAAGAACUUCCGACUUUAAAUUCGGAAGAAAUCAAUCAUUUAAAAACAGUAUACGAUGUGAAGAGUUUCAGAAACCGAAAAGUUAA